AAAGAUGGGCCUAGGAAACAAAAAAGAACCAUAAUAAGGAUACUCUCGUGGUCGUCUCCUCUCUCUCUCUCUGUCUCUCUCUCUCUCUCUCUCCGCCUCUCCGCUCCAACAGAUUGUCGAAUCAGAGGCAGCCGGCGGGAAGGGCACUGAGAUCGGUUCUGGAAAAGGCUUGAAUUACAAUGUCUGUGGUUGAGGAACCGCUAUACCCAAUAGCCGUUCUCAUAGACGAGCUUAAAAAUGACGAUAUCCAGCUGCGGUUGAACUCAAUCCGCAGGCUAUCUACAAUUGCACGUGCGCUUGGGGAAGAGCGAACCCGUAAGGAGUUAAUCCCUUUUCUGAGCGAAAACAAUGACGAUGACGAUGAGGUGCUUCUUGCAAUGGCGGAGGAGUUGGGGGUCUUCAUUCCAUAUGUUGGGGGUGUGGAGCAUGCACAUGUGUUGCUCCCGCCCCUGGAGACCCUUUGCACUGUUGAGGAAACCUGUGUGAGGGACAAGGCUGUGGAGUCCUUAUGUAGGAUUGGAUCUCAGAUGAGGGAGGGUGAUUUGGUUAACUGGUUUAUUCCUCUUGUGAAGAGGUUGGCAGCUGGUGAAUGGUUUACAGCUCGAGUCUCUGCAUGUGGGCUUUUUCAUAUUGCCUACCCUAGUGCACCAGAUACAUUGAAGACAGAACUACGAUCAAUUUACAGUCAGUUGUGUCAAGAUGACAUGCCUAUGGUUAGGAGGUCUGCUGCUACAAACCUGGGAAAAUUUGCAGCAACUGUUGAACCUGCGCAUCUGAAAGCUGAUGUCAUGUCUAUAUUUGAGGAUCUUACUCAAGAUGAUCAAGAUUCUGUUCGACUCUUGGCCGUUGAGGGCUGUGCUGCUUUGGGGAAGUUGUUGGAGCCCCAAGAUUGUGUUGCACAUAUCCUCCCCGUUAUCGUUAACUUCUCUCAGGAUAAGUCUUGGCGAGUGCGUUACAUGGUUGCAAAUCAACUAUAUGAGCUUUGUGAAGCUGUGGGGCCUGAGCAUACGAGGACGGACCUGGUUCCGGCAUAUGUGCGAUUGCUUCGAGAUAAUGAGGCUGAAGUACGCAUAGCAGCUGCUGGCAAAGUUACCAAGUUUUGCCGGAUUUUAAGUCCAGAACUUGCAAUUCAGCAUAUUCUUCCUUGUGUGAAGGAGCUGUCAUCAGAUUCUUCCCAACACGUCCGGUCUGCUUUGGCUUCAGUUAUAAUGGGCAUGGCCCUUGUAUUAGGAAAGGAUGCAACAAUUGAGCAGCUCCUUCCCAUUUUUCUUUCACUCCUGAAGGACGAAUUUCCAGAUGUGCGCCUUAAUAUCAUUAGCAAGCUUGAUCAAGUGAAUCAGGUUAUUGGGAUCGAUUUGCUAUCUCAAUCCUUAUUACCAGCCAUAGUUGAGCUUGCGGAGGAUAGACAUUGGAGGGUUCGACUUGCAAUAAUAGAGUACAUACCUUUAUUGGCAAGUCAGCUGGGUGUAGGGUUCUUUGAUGAUAAGCUUGGUGCCCUUUGCAUGCAGUGGUUGCAGGACAAGGUCUACUCAAUUCGUGAUGCUGCUGCUAACAAUUUAAAGCGUCUAGCAGAAGAGUUUGGUCCAGAAUGGGCAAUGCAACAUAUUGUUCCACAGGUCCUCGAGAUGAUAAACAAUCCACACUAUUUGUAUCGAAUGACAAUUCUGCGUGCAAUCUGUCUCCUUGCCCCGGUUAUGGGUUCAGAAAUCACAUGUUCAAAACUGCUGCCAGUGGUUGUCAAUGCGGCAAAGGACAGAGUACCGAACAUCAAAUUCAAUGUUGCAAAGGUGCUGCAGUCCCUUAUCUCCAUAGUUGAUCAGUCUGUGGUGGAGAAAACAAUUCGUCCCUCUUUGGUUGAGCUCAGCGAGGACCCAGAUGUUGACGUUCGAUUUUUCGCUAACCAGGCACUUCAGGCAAUUGAUCAUGUCAUGAUGUCAAGCUAGUAGCCAGGAUUAUUUCACUUUAGGUGUUCAUUGCUCAUGUUGAAGAUGAAGGCAUCAUUUCUGCAUAUCAGAGUACGUAGUUAAUAUGUUCCUUCGUUGCCGGGAGCGUCUGAGAGUAAGUCUGUGCUAAUAAUUUGUGCCUAACAUGCGGGACUGUUUUCGGCUUUCCGCGAUUUUACGUUAUCCUGUGGUAUAUGGGAAAAAAUGUGUAAUAUUAGCAUUGAGAUUUUGUGUUCUGUUCUGCAAUAUUUGCUUCUUGUUUUGUUAUGAUGGGUCUUCGUCGGUAGGAAAAUAUUGUCUUAGAAUUGAAGAACCUUUUUAUUUGUUGGUGAAUAUUAUCCUUAUAUUUUUUUUUAAUAUUUAAUAUUUUGUUGGUUGCAAGAA